GAUUGAAAUGAAAAGUUAAGGACUAGGAGGACUGAAAUGAAAAUUUCUUUUUUAAAAAAUACAGGAUACAGAGGUAAAGUUCUUCCAUAGGUCAUAGGUCACUGGUCACUGCUGAUCUCUCCUCCAAUUCCAAUUCAUAGUACGCCAUGGAUCUCUACCAGUUUUCAUCUUUCUGGAUCGAUUUCGCCGGAGGCAUGCUCAAACCGGUGGCUUCCACGGCGGUGGUCGCCGUGGCCGUGGCGCUUUCCUUCUCUCAAAACCUCGAUCUCCAGGCCGAGAUGAUCUACGCCACCGCCAGGUGCUUUCUCCAGCUCUCCCUCGUCGGAUUCUUCCUCCACUUUAUCUUCUCUCAGAAGACCGCGGCGUGGAUUCUGCUUCCCUACUUGUUCAUGGUACUCGUCGCAGGGCACACCGCAGGGCAUCGCGCGAGGUUGGUUCCCCGCGGCAAGUGGAUCGCCGCAGCGUCCAUCUUGGCCGGCACAUGGGCGACCAUGUCACUGCCCAUCGCCCUAAAAAUCGUGCCUUUCUCGCCCCGGUACUUCGUCCCCGUUGCCGGGAUGAUGGUCGGCCACGCCAUGGCCGUCACCGGCGUCGCGAUGAAGCAGUUCCACGAAGACAUCAGGAUCGAGAGAAACCUGGUUGAGACCGCGCUGGCGCUCGGCGCGACGCCCCGGCGGGCCACGAUUCAGCAGGCCAAGCGGUCGCUGGUGGUCGCCCUGUCCCCGGAUCUCGACAGCGUUAAGACGGUCGGACUCAUCACGCUACCGGGGACGAUGACGGGUCUCAUCAUGGCCGGCGCGUCGCCGGUGGAGGCGAUCCAGCUGCAGAUCGUGGUCACCAACAUGCUCGUCGGGGCGUGCGUGUUGAGCAGCGCCUUGUCGACCUACUUGUGCUUGCUCGUGUUCUUCACCGGCGCUCACCAACUGAAUCACAAAGCGUUUGCUGCAGAUUAAGAGCCGUUCUUCUCGUUCGAUCCUUUGCAGUGAGGUAGUCGACAAGAGGUCCGCAGAGCGAUGGGAAUUUUUCAAGUUCGUCUUGGGAAAUUCGAUUUUGCCACAAACCGCCUCUAGUUUCAAAGUCUUGGUUUGCCUCAAACUUCUCAUUUUUUUUAAUCGAAAUGUCUCCUCUAUUAGUCA